AUAAACGAAAAUAAAAUGGCGUCUGCCAAUGUUAUUGUUUUGAAAUUGUCACGGAGCAUCCAGCGAAAUGUGAUAAAAUGCGUACUUGGAGCACACCGUGUACCACAACACAUUAUUACACAGUCAAUGGCAUUCAGUGAUACAUCGAAGGCAAACGAGAACAGUGUUACACUCAGUGACAGUUGUGUAAAACAAAUCCACAAGAUAGGUGAAAAAGACAAAUAUUUACGGUUGUCAGUUGAAGGAGGUGGUUGUUCAGGAUUUCAAUACACAUUCUCCCUUGAUUCAGAAGUUACAGCAGAAGACAAAGUAUUUGAAAAGGAUGGUGCCAAGUUAGUAGUAGAUGAGAUGUCUCUGGAAUAUGUAAAAGGUUCCAUCGUUGAUUAUCAAGAAGAGAUGAUCAGAUCUGCCUUCCAAGUAGUUGCCAAUCCAAUUGCAGAAAAAGCCUGCUCAUGCGGCACAUCAUUUUCAAUUAAAAUCUGACAUUGUGGUCGCCAAAUCAACAACUUGUUUUUCAACAGUGGUAAAUUUGCAAAAGAAGAUACUGUACUGCCAACUAUGCUUCAACGCUGUUUUUUUUUUUUUUUUUUGAUGUGUCAAUCAAAUUCUUUGGCUACUGUGAUUUAGUACGCAGCUGAAGCGAGUCAUAUGUUGAAAACUAUUUUCAAGUGAAAAAGAACAUGAUUUCAAAUCUGAAAAAAAGUGAUAUGCUGUUUGUUUUUAGCCACCUUGUUUUGUCAAAUUACUUUUCCAUUAAUUUGAUUAAACAGCAGUGUUUUUUUUAAAUAAAAAAGAUAAAGCUCUGUUCUCAUGAUCAGAUUUUAUGACUACUGUAUAUGGACAUAGUGAUGUCAUAUCACUCCAUGGGAAAAUCACACAUAUUUAUCACAUAAAACUGGUUAUAAGUCAGUCGUGAUGUCAUCAGCCUAUCCCCCAUGCUCCAAUAAUUUUUCACAUAGUGGAUGCUUGGCUUGAUUUUUUUAGGUUCGUGUGCAAAAAAAAAACCUAAUUUUUUUGUCACCGCAAAGAUAUCACACACCGCAAUGAAAAUUGAAUUGUAAUACAAGGGUAAUUAGAACCCGAAGAAAGUUACUUAAAAUUCAAUAUUAAGUAUUAACAAUUAAGCAAUUCCUUGAAUCAAUGAAUGCUAAUAAAUAACAGUUGGUUAUCAAAACUAACAUUAAAAGCACAUUACACAUUACACUAGCGUAAAAUUAUUAUACUUGGAUUAGAUUUUAAUGCAUUCAAACAUUUUUUCAAGCAUUAAAUCUAAUCUUCAUAUAAUUUUCAUGUAGUGUACUAUGCACAGCUCUACUAAUUGCUUAAUUGUGUAGACAUGCUUAAGUUAAUUUUCAGUUGAACCUUACAAGAAAAAUAUUUUCCUCAAUAAUUAAGAUGCAUAAAUUAUAUCGAUCUUAUUGGCUUGUAGUAGUAAAAAGUCUGUAAUAAGUAAUCAAAAAAUGAAUUCAUUUACUCUAUUGCCCAAGUUUGUGCAUGUUUGGUAAUUAUCAAUUGCAGUAUGGUACUGUAUAUUUACUAUAUUAAUAUAGUCCUAUAAAUAUUCUAAAACAUCAUUUUGUGAAAAGGGUAUAUUAUUUACUUUAUAUUCAUAUUAUGCAAUAUUGAUGAGUGCAUUUGCAACUACUGUAUUAUUAUUAUUAUUUAUAUAGUAUAGAUUUAAGGCAACAACAAUAACAAACUGAACUGCAUUUUUUAACCUACAUCUGUAAAUAAGAGCUUUAUUAAACAUAAACAAACAAGGGACAU